AUGGCAAGGCUCCUCGCCAACAUAUGGGUCGCCGCAGGCGAUGGCGACCUCGAUAGAGUCAGGAGAACGAAUGCAAGUUUUCGCAAGUCCCGGAGUAUGCUCGUUCAAAUCGAUAAUCAGAAUCUCCAUUUAGCCCUCUCGCCCAAUGUGCCGGACGAGUUCACCUACACCCCAAUCCACGCAGCCGCGUCCUACGGCCACAUCCAUGUGCUCGAGUACCUGCUGUCUCGAGGUGGCAAUGUGAACAUCACGGACAACGACGGCGACACGCCGCUCUACACGGUCGAAAACAUCGAGACUGCCCGCUGGCUCAUCCAGCACGGAGCCGCCGUGGGGCAUCAGAACAGCGAAGGCGUAUCGCCUGCAGAUCAUCUGACUGACGAAUUCCCUCAAAUCGCGGAAUAUCUGCGGUCCAUUGACAGCUCACGGCUAGCUUCUUCUCACUCUGUCGCCACCAGUGCCAGCACCACAAGCAGCACCUCCACGUCUCUUCCUUCGAACUCUUCUAGCUCGAACCCCACUGCCACUUCCACGUCCACUGUUGCAUCCUGGGACGCAGCCCCCAUCCCCAUUCACAUGCCCUCCCAGCACGCGCAGAACGUCGCCACGGAGCAGCUUACAGCGGCGUUGAUGGCAUCCGUGCAGGAGAUCAUGCAGCGCGCCGAGGCGGAGGGACGCGAUCCCGACGAGGAGCUCCGCGAGCUGGUGAGCCGGACGGUGCUGGAGGGGGUGGUUACGGGGUAUGGGAUGGGGGCGGAGGCGAGAGAGGGAGGGCAGGGGCAGGAGGAGGGAAGGCGAGGGCCAACGGAUGAUAUAGAUAGCCCGGCGAAAAGGUCGAGGAUGGAGUGA